CGUUAUACAGUACCUUAAUGUCGGUGUCUCAGACCUCUGCUAAAUAGGAAUAUUCUGCGAAAUUCUGGCAAUAAAUAGGCAGCUCUAUUGAGGCUUUGCCUAUGACAAGACGGAGACAUGGUGUCGGUAACAUAUAGACAGUGAUUAGUCAGUUGUUCGGAGGCGCUGUCGGUUUUUAUGUCCAGAAUCUAUACGCACCAUACGGCAAAGGAUUAUUUCUGUUUCAGAACGAUAUACGAUUAUACAUAGAGGCUUAUCAGCAGCAGCAAUGUCAGGAAAACAUUUCAACGUCCACGAAGUGAGCUGCUGCAUCAAGUAUUUUAUAUUCGGAUUCAACAUAAUAUUUUGGCUACUUGGAGUGGCAUUUCUGGCAGUUGGGCUAUGGGCUUGGAGUGAAAAAGGUGUUCUGUCUAACAUCUCCUCCAUCACAGACCUGGGCGGGUUUGACCCCGUUUGGUUGUUUCUGGUGGUGGGCGGGGUCAUGUUCAUCCUGGGCUUUGCUGGUUGUAUCGGAGCUCUCAGGGAGAACUCCUUCCUGCUCAAAUUUUUCUCGGUGUUCCUUGGAAUCAUAUUUUUCUUGGAGUUGACGGCCGGGGUCCUGGCGUUCGUCUUCAAAGACUGGAUCAAGGAUCAGCUCAAGUUCUUCAUUAACAACAACAUCAGGGCCUAUCGUGAUGACAUCGACCUGCAGAAUCUCAUCGACUUCACCCAGGAAUAUUGGGAAUGUUGCGGAGCGUUCGGAGCUGACGACUGGAAUCUGAACAUAUACUUCAACUGCACGGAUACCAACCUCAGUCGGGAAAAAUGCGGGGUCCCGUUCUCCUGUUGUACCAAGGAUCCCGCCGAGGAUGUGAUUAACACACAGUGUGGAUAUGACAUACGAGCCAAAGCUGACGCGGAGCAGAAAACGUUCAUUUACACCAAAGGCUGUGUUCCUCAGUUUGAGAAGUGGCUACAGGAGAAUCUUACUGUUGUCGCUGGGAUAUUCAUUGGGAUCGCUUUACUACAGAUAUUUGGAAUAUGUCUGGCUCAAAAUCUCCUGAGUGAUAUUGAAGCAGUCAGAGAAAGCUGUUUAUUCACCUGAGGAUGUGGUUGAAGCACUCUCGAGACAGAUCUACAGGCGGACUCCUACCUUCCUGUCGCUAGGCAACAGGACUGACACAUACAUCAGUAUCCUACAGACCAU